UCCAAAAAUCUUUAGAACUCAUACAAAUAUGUCAUGAGGGCUUGUUUGUUCAUCUUAUCCUGAAUGAGCUACAAGCUCAUGCAAAAUCCUUACGUUUUCUUAAAUUCAAUCAUGUAGAUUUUUAUUGGGUUCAAUCAUUUGAAGUUUUGGUUGAACUUAAAAAUCUGGAAGUUUUACAUUUUGUCGAUUGUAAAAAUAUUAGAAUAAAUGCUAUUUGGCCAUUGAUUGCUUCAUCAUUCAAUAAUCUUGGCGAAGUAUUGGUAAUAGAUACUGAUUGUACAAUAUUGGAAAAUUGGGCUAAAAUGCAACAAGUAAAGGUAUUUAAUCGAAAACUGGCAAUGCAAAAG